AUGUCCAGAAGCGGCAUUGUUGUACAGGGUUUCUUAAAUGGGUGUAGACCCCUUUUAUUUUUGGAUGAGACCUUUUUGAAAGACAGAUAUAAAGGCAUGCUUCUGAGCGCCAUAGCCUACGACGGAGACCAAGGGAUAUUUCCACUUGCGUAUUGUAUAUGUGAUCAAGAAAAUGUUGAUAAUUGGAGAUGGUUCCUACAAGGCCUGUGGUCCAUACUGUAUGAAAGAUCAAAGCUCAAGGAUUUGGGAAUGAAGGCAAAGGACACACAGGUUUUGGGGAAUUUGCUCCAAACUGCUUGCUAUAAAUACACUAUAGCGGAAUGGAACGACUACAUGAAGGAAAUUUAUGAGAUGGCUCCAGCCACAUAUGAGAUUGGAAUUAAUUACUCGCCAGAGCAUUGGGCAAAUGCCUUCUUCCCUGGCAUUAGAUAUGGCCAUGUAACCUCUAAUGUCGCAGAAUCCUUUAACAGCUGGAUACGUGAAGCCCGUUUGUUACGUAUCCUGCAAAUGGUGGAGCAUAUCCGAAAACAACUUAUGACUCGCAUGAACAACAGACGGAUAAUGGCGUGUAAGUGGACAAGCUAUCUUUGUCCUAAAGCUGAGAAGAUUGUUAGGGAAAAUAUGGAAAAAGGGCACACUUUAGAGAUUAGGCAAUCUAGAGAUGAUAUUUUCGAAGUGCAAUCACAUAGAACCACUCGCGUUGAUUUGGAGAAUAGAACAUGCACUUGCCGAGCUUGGGACGUAACCCGUAUUCCUUGUGUCCAUGCUUGUGCAGCCAUUAUUUAUAUGAAAAGAGAUGUAUAUCAAUAUUGUGAUUGGUUCAUGUCCGUAGAAGCGUUUAAGAAGAGCUACGACGAAAUAUUAUAUCCCAUACCAGACUAUGAGAAGCGGAGUGUGCCCAAGGAUGAAAUCCAGAUUUUGCCACCACUUACCACUAAGAGGAGGGGAAGAAAUAGAACAAGACGCAUAAACAACAGAACCAUAUACAAACGGCCCGUCAAAUGUUCUCGGUGCAAAGUUGAAGGUCACAAUAGAGCAACCUGCAAUGAGCCCAUCCGUGACUAG